CCCGCCCUCUUGACCAUAUAUGGUUUGUCUGGCGGUCCAUCGAGCCGGCAAAGUGGACACGAGAAGUCGGUGUGCCCCUUUUUACCGAAAUUUGUGAAAUAAGCCAGGUCCAGCCAUGCCUUCAGAUUUAGCCAAAAAGAAGGCAGCCAAGAAGAAGGAAGCUGCCAAGGCCCGACAGCGCACCAAGAAACCAGAGGAGGGGAGCGAGGAGAGCGAACAGCCAGAGACCCUGACCAAUGGAGCAGGCAGUACCGGUAAGGAAGAGGACGCCAACAACUUGGUUCUCCUGGCGUCUGAGGUGUUCUUUCUGAUCCCAGAUAUUGCCAGUUUGACCAAGGAGCUGGACGAGUUUGAACUUGCGAAGACGGAAGCCCGAGCGGUGACCGGCGUCUUGGCCUCGCACCCAAACAGCACCGACGUCCACAUCAGCAGCCUGUCUCUAACCUUCCACGGCCAGGAGCUGCUGGCGGACACCAGCCUGGAGCUUAACUCGGGCAGACGCUACGGCCUCAUCGGCCUAAACGGCACAGGGAAGUCCAUGCUGCUGUCGGCCAUAGGGCAUCGUGAAAUCCCCAUUCCAGAGCACAUAGAUAUUUACCACUUGACCCGGGAGAUGUCGCCCAGUGAGAAAACGGCCCUGCAGUGCGUCAUGGAGGUGGACGAGGAGAGGAUCAUGUUGGAGAAGGAGGCGGAGCGGCUUGCUCAUGAAGACUCGGAGUGUGAGAAGCUGAUGGAGCUGUACGAGCGUCUGGAGGAGCUGGAUGCCGACAAGGCGGAGGUGCGAGCAUCUCGGAUCCUCAACGGUUUGGGCUUCAGCUCAACAAUGCAGCAGAAGAAACUGAAGGACUUCAGUGGAGGGUGGAGGAUGCGUGUCGCGCUCGCUAGAGCUCUCUUCAUCAAACCCUUCAUGUUGCUGCUGGACGAGCCCACCAACCACUUGGAUCUGGAUGCCUGCGUGUGGUUGGAGGAGGAGCUUAAAACGUUCAGACGUAUCCUUGUCCUCAUCUCGCACUCACAAGACUUCCUGAACGGCGUGUGCAGCAACAUCAUCCACCUGCACCAGAGGAAGCUCAAGUACUACACGGGUAACUACGACCAGUACGUGAAGACCAGGGAGGAGCUGGAAGAGAACCAGAUGAAGCGCUUCAACUGGGAGCAGGACCAGAUUACACACAUGAAGAAUUACAUUGCCAGGUUCGGUCACGGCUCAGCCAAGCUGGCCCGACAAGCUCAGAGCAAAGAAAAGACGCUGCAGAAGAUGGUGGCCUCAGGCCUGACUGAAAAAGUUGUGAAUGACAAGACUCUGUCAUUUUAUUUUCCUCCCUGUGGGAAGAUCCCUCCUCCAGUUAUCAUGGUUCAGAAUGUGAGCUUCAAGUACAGUGACAACACGCCGCACAUAUAUAAAAACCUGGAGUUUGGUAUUGACUUGGAUACACGAGUGGCUCUGGUGGGGCCCAACGGAGCAGGAAAGUCUACCCUGCUAAAGCUGCUCAUGGGAGAGCUCCUGCCCACAGAUGGCAUGAUCCGCAAGCAUUCUCACGUCAAGAUCGGCAGAUAUCAUCAGCACCUGACAGAGCAGCUGGAACUGGACCUUUCACCUCUGGAGUACAUGAUGAAGUGCUUCACCGAGAUCAAGGAGAAAGAGGAGAUGAGGAAGAUCAUCGGUCGCUACGGCCUCACAGGAAAGCAACAGGUCAGCCCAAUCAGAAACUUGUCUGACGGCCAGAAGUGUCGCGUGUGCUUCGCCUGGCUGGCUUCGCAGAACCCUCACAUGCUCUUCUUGGAUGAGCCCACGAAUCACUUGGACAUUGAGACCAUCGACGCGCUCGCGGAAGCCAUCAACGAGUUUGACGGCGGCGUGAUGCUUGUAAGCCACGACUUCAGGCUCAUCCAGCAGGUGGCACAGGAGAUCUGGGUGUGUGAAAAGCAGACCAUCACAAAGUGGAACAGGGACAUCCUGGCAUACAAGGAGCACUUGAAAUCGAGGAUUGAAAAGCAGCAAGUGCAUGACAUUUAAGGCGUCGUCGCCACCGUUUAAAAAGGAGUAAGCGGUGGGGUUUGCAUCACAGCAAAUAUUCCUAGUAGACCUACAGUGAUCAUAUAGAUAUUCUAUGACAUCUCAUUAAACAUGUGCUGUUAUCAUAUCUGACUGUGCUGCACCACCUUCCUCCCCCCAGACUGCACACCGAUUGGCUGACUCAGUGCAUUGUGGAACACAUUCCAUUGUGCUGCCCAUCACUUUUAUUUCUCAUGUGUUCUGUUAUCCAUUUAUGCAGCAGCUUUUACGUCCUAUUUGAUAUUUAAAAGUUGACACUUUAUGUGUAAAAGGAGAAUUCUACCUUAUUUAAAGAAUGUAAUGCAAUAAAAGACCAUCUAAAUAAACAGAACAUGACAAUGUA